UGCGGACAAUGCUUCCUUCACACACGCAACCACAGCACGCCAUGCUACGGGAUGACACUGGGUUUCGUGGUGGUUAAUUUCUCAAGUGGGGUCUUUAAAUUUGGACAAUAUUUCUUAUCAAACUUGUAACCUAAGAUGGAGGAAGUGACGCCCUGCCUUGGAAUAAGGGGACAAAUGGAAAUGGCGCGCUGUGCUGGAUGGAGCCAUGACACAAUGGAUCAAACAUGUAAACGGAAUGUUGGAGAGGUUUUGACUCUUUUCUCCGACCCACUCAAACCGCAGAGACCAGAUGGUAACAGCGCCCCCUGUGGAAAAGGGUAUGGCGUGGCAGCUGGAUUAGACACCGGCUGCGCAAUGCAGCUGUCCACCGCCGCUGCGUUUAAAAACGGAGACUCCUAUGUGUUCGAUCCACAGGAGCCUUCCUCGUGCUACAUCCCUCUUCGAAGACUGCAGGACCUGGCCUCUAUGGUUAGCCAGCCGGACCUGGGUUUCAAAGAUGGAGAGCAGCAGGGGCCUCAUGAUUUGCACACUCAGGGGUCAGAUUUUGGGUCGGUCUCCUGCCGUAUUUCCUCCCCUUCACCUUUUAAUAGUGGGCCAGACGCUUUAUCGAACCAUGAUUUAGAAAACAGUUGCCCCGCUCCUCGGACUCCUGAUUUGAACGCAAACGCAGUCCCGAACGGCUGCCUGCACUUAAAGCCAACUGCGCUUGGGAUGAGAACACAGCGUUAUAGUGAGCGAGAGGGGGUGGAGGAGGAGGAGGAGGAUGGGGAAAGGGUCACUGCAGCAGCACUGAAACACAAAGCAAAGGCAGACAAAAGGAAAACAAUUGUUAGCGGCGAGAAUUCUUGCAAAUCUGGAACUCUAGAAGUCAUUGCCGAAAAUCCGGACAGCCGCACAGAGGUGCCCAGUAAAACCAGUACACUUGAGCCCAGCUCAGCUGGGAUCCACUUGCCUUCUGAGGCAUUAAAGGACAUGGCCAUGUGUGCCACAGAUUAUUUGGGAAGUGGCGCAGAAGAUUCGGGCAGCGACGUGGAAGCGUCCCGGGACUUGGGGGAUGACUGUGAGGGAGGAGAGCCGAGGGACAGGACAGAGGCCACAUCGGCUACACCUCAGUCCAAUUCUGGCUGCAGUCCGAAGAAGAAGCCCGUUCCGGUGGCGUACGAGCUUGGUGACCUGGUGUGGGCCAAGUUCAACCGCCGGCCCUGGUGGCCAUGCAAGAUCUGCUGUGACCCUCUGCUCAACACCUACUUCAGGAUGAAAGAGCCCAGUCGCAGACCCUGCCGCCAGUACUUCGUUCGCACGUACGGGGAGAUCCUGGACCAGGCCUGGGUGGUGGGGAGAGCCACCUUCCCUUUCAAGGGGCGCCACCAGUUCGAAGAUCUGCCUGUGCUGCGCAGGAGGGGCAAGCAGAAGGAGGAGAACUACAAAUACACAAUCCCGACUCGGUUCUUGCCAGUUUGGGAGGCCAGUGUGGUCGAAGCGGAGGCCACUCUUCCUGAACCACAGAGGAAAUUCAUUGGCAACUCCUCUGCGAAGACUACUGACCUCCAACCUGUAUCUGUGAAAGAAGAGGAAACAACUCUAACGAGCCCCCAGAGCACUGCCGGGCCCCCCGAACCCUCCGCGUCAGCGCAGCUGCCCAGUGGAAAACCACAUCCUCCCAAGAGGCCCAAUCGGAAGAAGGAGGGCGGCACCAAGACUCCGCGGGUCCGAAAGAAGCCUGCUGACUCCUGCAAAGCCUCCAGUGGCUCUAAAGAAGCCGAGACAUCGUGGAAGCUGGCAGCAGCGGUGGCCAAGGCAGUCUCCACUGGGCCCAAUGACACCCUUCCUGCUGACUGCCCCUAUUCAGAUAUUGAUUCUGUACCGAGGAUCCUUUGUCCGAAGGUUUCAGAAUGCACCCCUGCACUUGAGCCGGUCCAGCUGCCUCCUAUCCCGCUGGACACCCCCACGACGGAGAUCAGGAAGCUUGCCUUGCGGCAGAGACGCAAGCGCGUGUCGGUGAGGAGGCUGCCAAGAGGUUUGGCUGUCAAUGCCACCAGCACAGGCUCGGACUCGGAGAACAGCUCGUUUGAGGGCUCGCUGUUGUGUCCCGCGAGCGCAGGACUGUGCGAUUUGUCUGGGAAAUCCAGCAGCCAGCGGGCCAGGUGCCUCCCUGCCAGCAAUAGACUUACGACGAGGGCGCUGAAGGCUAUGGAGGACGCAGGAGCUGAAAAGCACGUUGUUGGCUGCAGAAACUUUGAAUUGUCUAACUGGGAGGCGGAGAAGAACUUUGCAUCCGCUGAAGGUCCUAUGGAAAGCUUGGCUUCCGCAAGUAGCUUCAAACAAGUGGGCAAAAUCGACACUUCAGAGACAGUCUGCAAAGACAUGACGCAGCAGAGCACGCUGGGGGAAAUGCAUGCUGCUUUAUCAGAGAGAAACAACACUGUGCUUCCGAAUGGGCCCCGCACAAAACCAGAGGGAGAGAGCUGGCUAGAUUUCAAAGAGCCCGGUGACUGGGUGCCACUGUCGGAGGACACAAUGGCCCGGGUGACUGCCCUGGUGAAGAGGGAAAACGGCCUCCAGGAAAGCUCUUCCUCCUGCAUCUCCCCUUCCUCAUCCUCUUCCCCCUCUCCCUCCUCCAACCCUGCAGACAUUGAGAGCACUGUUGUCAAACAAGUCCUCUCGUUCCACUCUCUUAAGAAAGAGGACGGCGGGUCAGACAAGCCUGAUACAUUCAGCCCAGACUCCAACUACAAGUACAGCACGUGGCUGAUGCUGUGGAAGGGCAUGCAUGACAGCCGAGCUAGGGAAGGGUCUCCGAUGCUUGUGGGGCAGAGCGUUGGUACCUCUCACAGUACACCUCCCGUCAUCCCUCAGACUACCCCUCCCAACACCCCUCCAAAACAUAGCGCACUGCCCGCUGGGCUGUCUCUCUCUUCCACUGCUGGAGGAAAUAAAAGACACGAAGGGAGAUCGGAGGAGAUCACGCCGGCUAUGUGGGGGAAGAAAAUGACAACCAGGGUGAGAAACAGGCAGAGCAGCCUGCAGGGGCUGGUACAGACACAGUUUCCCAGUAAAGUAUUACCAGCCCAGGGAAAUGGCUCCAGCGCCAACGUCAAACGAGCCCGACCCAGGCCUCCUUCACAGAAAUGGCUGGAUCCUAAGGUGGGGGGAGGUGGCUCGGACGACACAGGUAGGAGCAGCAGCAGUGUUAUGAAAGUCCGCGAUGAAUACGGGCGGUUCAGGAAAGGCUCGGCGACAGCAGCAGCCAGGAGGCGGAGUCACAACACUGUGCCUUUGGAACUGGCCGAGCACGCUUACGGGAAAGACUGCACGCGAGCACACAGCGACGUGAAACGGGGCGGGGGCUCCUCUCUCCUCUGGGAGCGCUCCUGGACCCAGUCUCCAGCUGGGGCCUCCGAGGACUGCGGACCUGCCGUUAUAAACCGCGUGGCCCCUAAGAAGCGCUGGCAGAAGUUUGACCACGGCUCUGAUAAAGCGGUCGGGAAGGAGGGUGCGUGUGAGGGGGAGGAGAUAGAGGAGAUAGAGAAGUUUGAGGGCGGAGAGACGGAGGUGCCUUUUGAGCUGAGCGGGGGCUGUGAGGGGGGUCCGGGUCACAUCUUGGGACCUGCCAAGGCUUCCCAACCAAAGAAAGGGGACGGCAAGCUGGCAGGCGCUCAGACAGACACUAAUAAGACACCUCCGACUGGCGGAGAGGAGAAGGAUGUCUCGCUGUCAGCACACUUGGAAAGUAAGCGACGUAGGAAACCCAGCAAGAGACUCCUGGAGUGGACUGAGGAGAGUGAGACUGGAGUGAAGAAGCAGCAGAGAAAAGGGUCUGAGCAGAGCGGCAAGACUGGAGAGAAAGAGAACAGUAGAGAAGCAGCAAGCGAGAAGCUUUCACUGGUGACAUCUGCGCAGGAAGAGCUACACACUGCAACCCCAGAGCACCAUGCGCUGUCCACACAGCGGCCAUGCGGCAUAGAGGAACAGGCUCCACCCCAGGAUGGGCAUGUCCCGCCCCCAGAUACACUGACUCCACCCCCAGAGGCCCUGUCACCUGCAAAAGAGACCCAGAAAACAGAGCUGGACCUUGCCUCUCCCGAGUCCUGCCCCCUGGAAUCCGGGCAGCAGUCUCCACAGUCAGAGUGCCAAGAGAGGAAGAGGCUUCGGAAACCCACUAAAAAGAUUCUGGAGUGGACCAUCGAUGUGGAGUCUAUCUUAAUUCCAAAGAAAAAACCAAGGGAGGAUCGUCGCAGCUCCCAAAAGGAGUGUAGUGAACAAGGUACCAGGGAGGAGGAGGAGGAGGAGGAGGAGGAGGAGGCAGCAGGGGGGCAAGACAGUCAUGAAAAACAGCAAGAGGACAAGCCCAUGAAGAAGAGCGUUUCCUCGUCUCCAGGACUCUGUUCAGCACUGCACCCCGAUCGAAACAACAAGAGGAGGAGGCGGGUUUCCUCCCCUGUGUUGCACAAGAAAAGUUCCCCCAGCGCCUCCGAGGAAGAGGGGGGUCUCAGGGAAUCCACUGAGGCAGCUCCCGAGCCUCGGAUCUGCUCCUCUGGACAGCCUUGUGAAGACAGCGCUGUGACAGUGAAAGAGGAGGUCUUCCAGUGCGAGCUGGGGGUCCCGACCAAUAAGAAGCCUCCAGGAGAGAAAGGUGGCGCCGCUUCCAUGAAGGAGAAUGUGUGCCAGGUGUGUGAGAAGCCCGGAGAGCUUCUGCUGUGUGAGAGCCAGUGCUGCGGGGCAUUCCACCUGCAGUGCAUCGGCCUGUCGGAGAUGCCUAAGGGGAGGUUCAUCUGCAACGAAUGCACUUCUGGGAUCCACACCUGCUUCGUGUGUAAGAAGCCUGGGCCGGACGUGAAGCGGUGCAUUAUUCCAGUGUGCGGCAAGUUCUACCACAUGGACUGCAUCACCAAGCACGCCCCGACCGUGCCCCAGAACCACAGCUUCCGCUGCUCCCUGCACGUCUGCCUGUCCUGCUACAUCACCAACCCUGCGAACCCCUCCAUCUCCAAGGGACGCUUGACCCGCUGUGUGCGCUGUCCCGUGGCGUACCACGCCAACGAUUACUGUAUGGCUGCCGGGAGCGUGAUCCUGGCCAACAACAGCUUCCUGUGUCCCAACCACUUCACCCCACGCAAGGGCUGCCGCAACCAUGAGCACGUCAAUGUCAGCUGGUGCUUCGUCUGCUCUGAAGGGGGCAGUCUGCUGUGCUGCGAGUCAUGUCCUGCUGCCUUCCACCGGGAGUGUCUGAACAUCGACAUGCCGGAGGGCAGCUGGUUCUGUAACGACUGCCGGGCUGGGAAGAAGCCUCACUACAAGGAGGUGGUGUGGGUCAAAGUGGGGCGCUACAGGUGGUGGCCUGCCGAGGUGAGCCAUCCCCGGAACAUCCCAGCCAACAUCCAGCGCAUGAAGCACGACAUCGGCGAGUUCCCUGUGCACUUCUUCGGCUCCGACGACUACCUGUGGACCUAUCAGGCGCGUGUCUUCCCGUACAUGGAGGGGGAUGCCAGCAACAAGGACAAGAUGGGGAAGGGUGUGGACCCCACCUACAAGAAAGCUCUGCAAGAGGCUGCAAAGAGGUUCCACGAGCUGCAAGCAGAGAAGGAAAUGAGGCAGCUACAGGAGGACCGGAGAAACGACAAGAAACCCCCUCCUUAUAGACACAUCAAGGUGAACCGGCCGAUGGGGAAGGUGCAGAUCUUCACAGCAGACAUGUCUGAGAUCCCGCGCUGUAACUGCAAGGCGACGGAUGAGAAUCCCUGCAGCCUGGACUCGGAGUGCAUCAACCGCAUGCUGAUGUACGAGUGCCACCCCCAGAUGUGCCCGGCCGGGGACCGGUGCCAAAACCAGAGCUUCACCAAGCGCCUCUACCCAGAGCUGGAGAUCUUCAGGACCCUGGCCAGGGGCUGGGGCUUGCGCUGCAAGAGCGACCUCAAAAAGGGUGACUUUGUGAAUGAGUAUGUGGGGGAGGUGAUCGAUGAAGAGGAGUGCCGAGCGAGAAUCAAACACGCUCAGGAGCUCGACAUCUUCAACUUCUACAUGCUCACCCUGGACAAGGAUCGUGUCAUCGAUGCUGGCCCGAAAGGAAAUCACUCCCGCUUCAUGAACCACAGCUGCCAGCCCAACUGCGAAACACAGAAAUGGACCGUGAACGGGGACACCAGGGUCGGCCUCUUCGCUCUUGCAGAGAUCCCCUCUGGCACGGAGCUCACCUUCAACUACAACCUGGAGUGUCUGGGGAACGGCAAGACUGUGUGUAAGUGUGGCUCCCCCAACUGCAGUGGCUUCCUGGGAGUGAGACCAAAGAACCAGCCCAGCGCCUCCUCUGAGGAGAAGGGGCGCAAGCUGAAGAAGAAGGCGCAGGUGAAGCGCCGGUCCAGGUCAGAGGUGCCGAAGGAGCGCGAGGACGAGUGCUUCAGCUGCGGGGACGGGGGGCAGAUCGUGUCCUGCAAGAAGCCAGGCUGCCCCAAGGUGUACCACGCAGACUGCUUGAACCUCACGAAGAGGCCAGCCGGUCGCUGGGAGUGCCCGUGGCACCAGUGUGACGUGUGCGCGGAGGACGCCGCCUCGUUCUGUGAGAUGUGCCCGAGCUCCUUCUGCAAGCGGCACCGUGAGGGAAUGCUCUUCAUCUCCAAGCUGGACGGGCGGCUGUCCUGCUGUGAGCACGACCCCUGCGGGCCGGACCCCCUGGAGCCUGGAGAGAUCCGCGAGUAUGUUCCUGAGUCCCCUGACAAGGACCCGGGGCCAGGGGUGGCUGGUGAAAAGACCCCCAAGAGCUCCUUUACAGCCAGCAAGGACAUCGCAGACACCACCCCCUCCCCCUCUCCCACCCCCAAGAGCACUGCUGCAGCCAGCAAGGACAUUGCAGACACUCCCCCCUCCCCAACCAAGAACACUGCUGCAGCCAGCAAGGACAUCGCAGACACAACCCCUGGUCCGCCUCUUGUGUACAUAACCCCUUCCCCCUCCUUGGGGUCCUCCAAGAGCUCAGCUGCAGCCAACAAGGACAUCUCAGACACAACCGCUGCCCCCACCAGGGGGUCCCCCCCCCCCACGAGACGACUCUGGUGCAACCAGCACAGCGAUGUGUUGGUGACACAACCACUGCCCCCUCGUUCACCCCCAAGAGCUACUCUCGUAGCCUGCAAUGACUGUGUCACAGACACAAACCCAGCUCCCCCCACCCCCAAGAGUGACUGCUGUCGGUCAAAGAUAUCGCAGACACAACCCCAGGGGUCCCCCCACACCCCCAGCAUUGUGCAGCCAGCAAAGACGUUGCAGACACAAACCCUGCUCCCCUGGGACCCCGAGGGACCCCCCGCUGGGGAUCUGGGGGUGGGGGGUCUCGAGACACGUCGCUGA